UUUUUAAUAUUCUUUUUUCUCUCUCUUUAUUUCUCCUCCACCUUACAUUUACACCAUUUUCUCUUCAUUCUUCAAUUCUUGAAGCCCAAUUUCGCUCCCCAUGUUGUUGCAUUCAAUCCUUUGAAAGAAACCCAUUUUUUAAAAUCCAAAAAGAAUGGGGAAAAUCGGUUCGGGAUCAACGAUUUCAGAAGGUGAAAAAUCUCAGUUGGUCCUUGAAAUUUGUUCAUUGUCCACCAUUCCAAUCGUUUGUUCUCAUAAGCGCCAUUUCAACAACACUGUUAAGUCUCAUUUCAUCGACUGGUAUCGUCUUUUGGGAGUGGCUGAGAAUUCAGGGUUUGAGCUUAUCAAAAGGCGUUAUCAUAAGCUUGCUUUGCAACUUCAUCCUGAUAAGAAUAAACAUCCAAAAGCCGAGGUUGCCUUCAAGCUUGUUUCAGAGGCAUAUGCAUGUCUUUCAGAUAAUAUGAAAAGAAGAGCUUUUAACAUAGAGAGAUGGAAACACUUCUGCAAUGAAUGCAAUAGAAUCCCAUAUUCAACUGACAAAUCUCUCCUCAAUUCCCAAACUUCAUCAAAUCCCAAAAACUCGGGUAAAUUCCUGCAAAGUUUGAAGCGAAUUAGGGAUAGAUUCAAGGAAGAAAUUAGGGUUAUAGAGAACUGUUUGAGGGUAAAUAGCAUGUCAAGGAAGGAAUCACCAACAUUUAAGCCAUCAGCAAACAGUGUUGGUGGUCAUGAGAGUAGGAUUAAGCAUAAGAUUGAAAGAGAAAGCCCAGUUUUUGAGCCACCAGAAUAUGGAAUUCAAGGUUACCCACAUUUGAGGGAUCAAAUUUGGAACAAAUCCGAGAGAUUUUGGGAAUUGCAAAGGAGAAGUGUAGAGGAAGGAGGGAAAUACCAUUCACCAGUAUUUCAAAAUUCUUCUUCACAAACUGGAGGAAUGUUUCGAGGAAUGAUUAAGAGCAGAUCUGUUUGUAUUCAUUCUUGAUCGAUUAUUAUUAUUCUACCUUUCCAUUUCAGAUUUGUUGCAUCUUAAAGAUUUUUAAAAAAAAUCGAAUUUCGAGUUGCUACAUUGUACUUUUUUAUACAAAAGUGGUUAUAACUUAGAACAAGAAAAGAGAUACCAGUGUCAGAA